AUGAUUCCUUACUAUUCCUUCAUGACGGACACCAACAAGACUCUAAAAUCUACCUUCAUUCCUCCCUCACUGUCAAAGAAUAUUAGGCCGGCCAUUUUAACGAUUACCGCGCGGGUCGCGAUUGAAACUGCUGUUUGUUCUAUACACCAUUAUUUUUGAUUCCUCGUUAAAAGCUAAAAUGCCGGCCCGAGAAACAGAUGCAUCGGGGCGAAUGGCCAAGUUUAAGUUCAACAAUAAACACGAUGAGGCUCGCAGAAGGAGGAACGAGAUAAGUGUUGAGUUGCGGAAAGCCCGAAAGGAUGAUCAAAUGCUAAAACGCCGCAAUCUGAAUGAAGACGAUUGCGAUACGCUCAGUCCACAUGGCGACAUGAAAUCUCCGCCCCUUACCAUGACUGUAGAUCAAGUAGUUGCUGGAAUGAGUUCCUCGGAGGAAACAAUUAUCCUGCAGGCAACGCAGACCUGCAGAAAGAUGCUGAGUCGCGAAAAAUGUCCACCUAUCGAUGUAAUGAUUUCCAAGGGAAUCGUUCCACGCUGCGUGGAAUUCCUUGGUUAUCAUCACAAUGCGGCACUACAGUUUGAAUCAGCUUGGGCCCUGACAAAUGUUGCCUCUGGGACAUCUGAGCAAACUCACGUUGUAAUUAAACACGGAGCUGUUCCAAAACUGAUUGAACUUUUAGAAUCUCCAUAUCCAAAUGUGGCUGAGCAAGCAGUAUGGGCUCUUGGUAACAUCGCUGGAGACGGACCUGGAGCACGUGAUCUAGUUCUCAGUCAAGGUGCUAUGCGACUUUUGGUGGGCUUAAUCAAUCCCAUCACUCCUGUAUCUUUUGCUCGCAACAUAGUCUGGACAAUAUCGAAUCUCUGCCGUAAUAAGAAUCCUGCGCCACCUUUUGAGAUUGUAAAAACUGCUUUGCCCACGUUGAAAACGCUGUUGAGCAAUGCCGAUAAGGAUAUUUUGGCGGACGCGUGUUGGGCUCUUUCUUAUCUAACGGACGGACCUAAUGAAAAGAUUCAAGCAGUACUGGAUUGUGGAGUGGUACCGCAUCUAGUUGCUCUGCUCGCAUCUCCCGAAGUAGGAGUGCUUACACCAGCCCUCCGUGCAGUGGGAAAUAUUGUCACUGGGAAUGACAUCCAAACAGAUUCGAUCAUCAAUGCAAGUGGUAUCAAGUAUCUCUGUGCAUUGCUGCAACACACGCGACUCAAUAUUGUGAAAGAAGCUGCUUGGACCAUCAGCAAUAUCACCGCCGGAAAUCCGGAACAAAUUCAACACGUCAUUGAUGCUCAAGUAUUGCCACCCUUACUCCACGUUCUUCAGUCUGGUGACUUCAAGUCCCAAAAAGAAGCUGCCUGGGCAGUAACAAACAUGACUUCUGGUGGAACAGUUCAGCAGCUCGCCCUUCUCGUUCAACUGGGAGUACUGAUUCCAUUCUGUAACCUACUUGAUGCCAAAGAUUGGAAGACAGUUGUUGUAGUUCUUGAUGGAUUGACAAAUAUACUGACGGCCGCUGAGAAAAUGGGAGAAGUCGAACGCGUGGCCAUUAUGAUUGAAGAAGCUGGAGGCCUUGAUAAGCUUGAAAAUUUACAGCACCACGAAAACGAACAGGUCUAUCAGAAGGCUGUGGCGAUGAUCGAUACUUUCUUUGCAGAAGGGGAAGCGGAAGAUCAACGUCUGGAACCUGGAACUGUUGAUGGGCAGCUAAAUUUACAAGCAGCUGCUGCACCAGAAGGCGGUUUCAAUUUUUAGAAUUGAAAAAUAGUACUCCAAUCAGUAUAAAUUCAUACUUCACUUUGUAAAUAUCUCAAUGGCCUCCUGAGAAACGACACCUAAACCCAUUGAAAAUACGAUCUCUCAGGAUAAGUUCACUUCAAAGGAAUGCAAAGGCGUAUUUCAUUUCGUUAGGUAAACCUUCUGGAAAUUUUUUUGUUAUGGUUCUAGUUUGCGUGUAGGACAUUCUUGAGAAUUCGCAUUUGCUACGCAUUAUUUCGUCCUUGUUAUAGAGCGCGCAUCUAGAUUUCGACCAGACGAAGUAGUACUGUCAUGUUCUAGCCUAGUUUACGGUACAAUAUACCAACAAUUAUGUAAGUUUUGAAACUUGUACUUUUAGUCGUAACCAGCACUGAUUCCGAGAUUUCGUUUUCACUUGGACAUCCGAUUUCCUCACUUUUUGAGGUCGUGAUGAAUUGUGAUUCAGCUUUUUCGAUUUUUAUAAACAAAACAAAAACAAAAGCAGUAUUGCCUGGUCUAAAGCGCUAUUGAAAAAAUUACAAGUUAAAUAAUGUUUACUAUUUUUAUUAAUAUCCAAUAAAGUUUUUGAUAC